AUGGCAGCGGAAUCCGAGAGGUUGCCUUACCGCAAUGGUACCUCUAGUGGAUCCAGGAGGGCCAAAAAAGAUGAGGCUGCGACGUCUACGUCUCGGCGAUCUACUAGUGAAGGUGACAUGAUAGAAGUGCCACGUUCAACGUUUAAUUCCCAGAUCCAGGCCUCCCUCGCAUCUCAGAUGCCUAAACUCACCCCUGCAGUUUCUGGGUUGUCAGCUCCAGCUUCUUCAACGAAUUCGGCUAUAUCCUCCCGUGAAUCCUCCCCCGUUCGCUCCACCCGCCGCCCGCGCAACUCCGCCUCAACUUCUCGCGUUUCUUCUCGAUCACAUAAAGCCAGUGCUGGUCGCAGCCCGAGUAGGUCGAGUUUUGGUCAAAGGUCGGGCUCAGACACACCUCCAUCCACAACUGCCGUGCAACGGGCACUGUCCCAAACCAGCAAACCUCUCAUCAUCAAUCCUCCAUCCAAUGUCGAACGGUCGACCGAUGCUACGAGUCCGGAGAAACCCAACAUGCCGUUAUGGGCCACAUCCCGUCGGGUGGAACAAGAACCGACCCUCCCGAAUAUGUCCAGCAAACGAUCUUUACUGGUCGACGACUCUAAGUCCGACCGCAGCGCGCCUCGCUCCGUGAACAGGAGCAUCAACGGGCCAGGCUCUGCCCUUGAGACGGUACAGGAAAUGGCCAGUGAUCAAUCAACACCAUCGACAGAGACUAUAUUAAACCAGUCGGCGCUCGAACAGUCGCAGUUGCAGAAGAUCGAUGAGGAUAGCACGCCAAAGGCGUCUAGGCAAAAUGCCGAGAGUGGCAGUGAUAGCGGAGGGAACAAGAGCCCGGAACUUCGAGAAGAGAGCCGCCGUCGUGGCUCGGGAGCCAAGGACUCUGAUAACCUAAUCCCAAAACGGUCUUCUACAUCGCUUGCGGGUGCUCGCGGCAAGCCGACAGAUGGAUCAGUUAGGAACAUGAUCGUCGAGACAGAGACGGUCAGUUCCAUCCCUCAGGUCUCCCUAGGCGUGGUGACAGGUGACCGGAGCAGUUCUGGUCGUGUAGAUGCAGGCACUCUUCGAAUGAAGCCCAGCACUGAAACUAUUCGCCCGAAGAAGGAAAAGAAAAGGACGCGCAAGCCAACAGCCUUACCUAGCGGGGCUGCAUCUUCCAAGGCGGACAUUUUCGAAGCCAAAGUAGCUAGCGCUGUAGAUGAAGCUGAUGUAUCUGAUUCUGAUGAAACCUUUGUCUACGAAUCGAACCCACCGGAUCCAUAUCCAGUGAGACAGAGUCGCUAUCAUUCACGUACGCCUAGCGCGACAUCCAUGGCCAGUCAGGUUGACCAAUUGGCUGCUCGUGGGCGUCCUGGGAUGCGAGACGGGAAUCAUAGUGUUACAGGCAAGCGCAGCAUGAAGUUCACCAAUAACACGUACGCUGGCAGUGUCGAUGGGGAUGCAGGCGAAGACAGUGCUCGGAGUCACUCAAGGGUCGAAAGUGGCGGAUCUCAUACGCCCCGCCACCAUCAUACUGGGCGAUAUGGGCGCAACAAUGCGUAUCAUUCGUUGUUCGAUAGCGACUCCCCGUUUCCCCAGUCCCAGGCGUAUCCAAAAUCUCCUCGACACUUCAUCGGGGGAUUUCGGCAGCCGCGGCAUCCCGCCACUCGUGGAAACCCGAACUAUCGCACGAUCAAUAACACCAGAAAGGCGGGCGAGAUAUAUGGUUACGAUUUUGAUGCGGAAGGUGCAGACGACGAACGGACUCCCCUGGUGGGCUCCCCACGCGCAACUCGAAGUCGUCACGGUAAUCGACGGCCCGGGAGUGCCAGUUUGCGUCAGAUCGAGUACAUGCAGCAGCGACAGCGUGGCUUUCUUUCACGCUACGGCACCUGCGUCAUCAUAAGCCUUUUACUUCUGGUUAUUAUUGGAGGGGCUACGUCCUUUAUUGUUGGUAUUACCAAAUCGCUUGUGGAUGUCCAGAUCCUUGCUAUCCAGAAUGUUCUCGCGUCUGAACAAGAGAUCAUGUUGGACCUCAGUGUACGCGCCACGAACCCUAACCUCUUUCCCGUUGCAAUUGACGAUAUGGAUAUGAACAUCUUUGCAAAGAGUCGAUUUGUUGGGACCGACAAACUCUGGCGGGAUCAAGGAUCCGACUGGAGUGACUUUCCCCGUGUUGGAGAUAGCAGGAAACGAGCCCAUUUAGCUCGUCUAGCACGUUGUGCCGGAAGCAGUGGUUGCUUGCUAAAUGAAACCGGCUUAUCAGAGCGUAUCGCACACAGAAAUGGUGGUGUGGACAAAGGCACCGAUCCUAUCCCAACUGACCCGGCGGGUGACCCCCAGACAAUGUUGCUAGGCCGUGUUUUCCGCUUUGACUCACCCCUAACCUUCGAGGCGUCACCAUGGAACUAUGUCCCAUCCACCUCUAAGGGCCAAAUCCGUCUCGCCCGACCCGGUAAUAAGACGGAGGAGGGCGGUACAGAGCGGUGGGAACGGGUAUUGCAACACCCAUUUGAGCUGAUAGUCCGCGGUGUUGUGAAGUACCAGUUACCACUGAGCUCCCGAUUCCUUUCAGCAUCUGUCAGCUCCAGUGUUCAAGUGGUGCCCGAUAAAGGUGACAACGGCACUGGAGAUGACAACAAGCCUGAACCUGGCGACAACGACACUGUUACCAUAUCCAAGACAAGGUUAUUUCGUCGCAGUCUUCCCGAGCUGCGUCAAACUGUGACUAGACGCUCAAUGGCCGAUUUAGUACGAGAAGCCCUUGGAAUCACCUAA